ACUUCAUUCCCCAUGUUGAAACUCGUCGGUGGCGGUGGCGGACAGGACUGGGCAUGCUCAGUGGCUGGGACAGGUCUGGGAGGCGAGAAAGCCGCGUUUGAAGUCGCGCGGCUGGGAGAUCGGGAGGAGGCAGGCGGCUGGGGGUGCGCGGGGAUCCCCGAUUCCGCGCCCGGGGCAGGCAUGCUCCAGGCCAGCGCCACGAGAUCAGCGCGCGGGGGGCAGGGCGCUGAGGAGGUGGGGGAGUCCGCGGGAGGAGGGGAGGAGCGCCGGGUUAGCCAUCCCCUGGCGCCGGCUCUGCGGCUGCUGAAUCGGAAACCGCAGGGAGGAUCUGGGGAUAUAAAGACGCCCGAGAAUGACCUCCAGCGAGGCCACCUGAGUCGGGGCCCGCGUGCAGCCCCGCCAACCUCCGGCAUGGACGACCGCAGCGGGCAGCCGGAUCGUUUGGCCCCGCACUCCCUAGGGGCACCCCCGAGCACCCGCGCCGCCGUGAACGGGCUGCUGCACAACGGCUUCCACUCAGCGCCAGUCUCGUCUCCGCUCGUCUGCAGCCGGGGCCCCGGGGGCGGCGGCGACGCUACGCCCCCACGCCUCCCGCUCCUGCCGGAGCUCCAGCCGCAGUCGCUGCUCCCUCAGCACGAUUCACCGGCCAAGAAAUGCCGGCUGCGGAGGAGGAUGGACUCGGGGAGGAAGAACAGGCCGCCGUUCCCGUGGUUCGGCAUGGACAUUGGUGGAACACUGGUUAAGUUGGUCUACUUUGAACCAAAGGAUAUUACAGCCGAAGAGGAACAAGAGGAGGUAGAGAACCUGAAGAGCAUCCGGAAGUAUCUGACUUCUAACACUGCUUAUGGGAAAACCGGGAUCCGGGACGUCCACCUGGAACUGAAAAACUUGACCAUGUGUGGGCGCAAAGGGAACCUCCACUUCAUCCGCUUCCCCAGCUGUGCCAUGCACAGGUUCAUUCAGAUGGGCAGCGAGAAGAACUUUUCCAGCCUUCACACCACCCUCUGUGCCACGGGAGGUGGGGCUUUCAAGUUUGAAGAGGACUUCAGAAUGAUUGCUGACCUGCAGCUGCAUAAACUGGAUGAACUGGACUGUCUGAUUCAGGGCCUGCUUUACGUCGACUCUGUUGGCUUCAAUGGCAAGCCGGAACGUUACUAUUUUGAAAAUCCCACAAAUCCUGAAUUGUGUCAAAAAAAGCCGUACUGCCUUGAUAAUCCAUACCCUAUGUUACUGGUUAACAUGGGCUCAGGUGUCAGCAUUCUAGCUGUGUACUCCAAGGACAACUAUAAAAGAGUUACAGGGACCAGUCUUGGAGGUGGAACAUUCCUAGGCCUAUGUUGCUUGCUGACUGGUUGUGAGACCUUUGAAGAAGCUCUGGAAAUGGCAGCUAAAGAUUCCAUCAGCAAGGAAGACCUUGCCCGGGCCACAUUGGUCACCAUCACCAACAACAUUGGCUCCAUUGCUCGGAUGUGUGCAUUGAAUGAGAAUAUAGAUAGAGUUGUGUUUGUUGGGAAUUUUCUCAGAAUCAUUAUGGUCUCCAUGAAGCUCCUAGCAUAUGCCAUGGAUUUUUGGUCCAAAGGACAGCUAAAAGCUCUGUUUUUGGAACAUGAGGGUUAUUUUGGAGCUGUUGGGGCACUGUUGGAACUGUUCAAAAUGACUGAUGACCAGUAGAGAUGAGCCGUCAUGGGGACAGCCUCCCGAGGGGACGGAGAACUGAAAACUGCUGCUGGAGAAGGUGAAAGGCAGCGUGGGAAGGAAGCCGAGCCACUGUGGCAGAAGCACCUGCUGGAAUUGUAAAUAAUUUAAAAUCCUUCUAGCUGAUCUUUUACUUAGGUUUUGAGCUAAUGAUUCAAAAUGGGGAAUAUAAGAGUUUUUUCUGUAUACUGUAUUUUUUAAAAAAAAAAAUUGUGUGCAGCGUGGCCAAACCUACCAAUUUUAUGCGUUAACUUUGAAAAGUUGUAUAAUGUUUAAGAAGGACCUGAUAUGUAUGCGCUGUUCACUUUUCUUCUGGGGUUUACUGAUCAGUGUGGUAAUUUUAACUUCAUUUAGUAAUUACUCUAGGAGAUUUUACCUUUACUUAUAUUUUUCAUGACGUUUCAUGAUUUGCUAUUGGUUUCAAAUGAAACUACAAAUCUGGCUUGUUUUACUGUGAACACGUUUUUUUUGUUUGUUUGUUUGCCCUUCUUUGUCUUGUUUUCCUGUUUGGAUGUCUUAAGAAAAAAAAAAUCCUUCCCCCUGUUUCUGUCCUCCAAUGGUCUGCCUCCCAUCCCAUAACAUUUCUUUGAUGUAAUUGUUUAUAUCAGUCAAGGUGCUGACCGGGAUACAAAGUUAAGCACAAGAUCUAAAGCUCUGGAAAAUGCCUAGGAAGGGAAGACUUUGAAAGUGUUAAUGGAUUUAAUGAGUCUGGCAAAAGUUGCAAAUUAUAUGCAAUUUUGUCUUAUCCCUUAUAAAUAGUGUUUCAUUGGGCUUAUUUUAUGCUAGGUUAUGUUAAAUUAAAAUAGUCUAUGAUAAAGUGUCCUCAUUCACGCCCCGCAUAUCAAUGGCAGCAAAACUUUGUCCAAGAAGUUUGAAACUAAUGGGGAAAAGCCUCCCAGUAGAUGCAUUAUUCGUAUCAGGAGAUUUAGGGUAAGUCAUGACUUGAGGUGUCAGGUAGUAAUUAAUAUCUAUUUGUUUUGUGUAUAUAUGUACCUAGAAACUUUAUAACAAGACAUCUUAAAUAAUGAUGUUUAAGUUUUUUCAUUUUUCAUAUUUUUAACUGAAAACUGUACUUCAAUCCCAGUUUCUAAAAUUUAAAAAAUAAUUUAUGAUACUGAUCUAUGUAUUUUCUCCUUUUGGAAGACUCUAUUAAAACUGAUGGUUAACUUUCAAAUGAGGGUCAUGUACCGAUAUUGGAACGCAUGAGGUCUAAUGAUCUUGUGAUUGUUGAAAGGAUUUUUUGAAGGACAGUAUAAUUACUCCACGAUGGAUCUUUCCUUCUCAGCCUUCUGAGCACCAUCUUUAAUUUCCAUAUCUUCAAGUCUUGAAGAAGUUGAUGCUAAUUGAAGAAUUCACUUGUCUGGUUCAAAUAAAGCCUGUUUCUGUUGUGAUGUUUUCAGCGUAUAUGUUAUUUUCAUUUCUUAAUGCUCAUGUUUAUAUUCUCUUCCUUGUACCAUGAAACAACUAUGUGUGGUGUUUUUGCUACUCUACAUUUCAAAACUUGAACGUGAGGCUUUCCCGUGCAUGUAGUGAGGUCUAAAACACUGUGUCUUCGGUUGAAGCUGUAGCCCUAACACAGAGAUUUUUUUAAUAUAA